UAGCGCGUGUGUGCGUUUGUGACCUGGGUGACGUCAGGUGUCCCCGCCCCGUCGCCGGCAGCAGGGUGUGCGCAGCAGGGAGGGGGAGGAGCGAUCGUUGGCAGCCGGGGACAUGGAACAGCAGCAUCCAGCCAACAUCCACCGCGGGGACUGAUCUCUCCUCUCUGCCGUCCUGACAACAUGGCUGCCCUGCUGGUGAGAGGCUGCCUGACGCGUCCCUCCUGGGCGGCCCGGACCCCGCUGGCAGCGCACGCAGGUCUGGUCACGGAACGUGUCUGUCUUGGCUGCACUUCUCUACGGUUGGUGAAUCACAGAAGUUCACAUUUUCGAAGUUGCACGGUUGCCCAUCCAGUUUACAUUUCACUAAAAGACGGGGGUAACGGGUUUUCAUGGACUAACAGACCUGAAAGAGCCUAUUUUAAAGUCCACAGUUCAUCACCAACAUGGAGGAGCCUGGCCGGCAGCGGCAAUUUAGGAGCCCAGUGCCUGUCAGUCAGGGGAUUGCACUCUUCCAGCCCCCGUUACGAUGACUCUGUGGUAGAAAAAUCACUGAAAUCUUUGAAGGACAAAAAUAAAAAGCUUGAAGAGGGGGGUCCUGUUUAUAGUCCAAAUACAGAAAUGGAGACUGUAAAGAAAUCUAUAGGACAGCGGGUCAUGGACGAGUUAAAGCACUACUACCAUGGCUUUCGUCUUCUCUGGACUGACACCAUAAUAGGAGCCAGAAUGUUGUGGCGAAUUCUCAAUGGGGCCGCCUUAUCUCGAAGGGAAAGGAGACAGUUCCUGAGGAUAUGUGCUGACGUCUUUCGACUGGUCCCCUUCCUAGUCUUCAUUAUAGUACCCUUCAUGGAGUUCCUUCUGCCAGUUGUAUUGAAGCUGUUCCCAAAUAUGCUGCCUUCUACGUUUGAGACCACUUCCAAGAAGGAGGAGAGACUGAAGAAAGAGCUGAGAGUGAAACUGGAAUUGGCCAAGUUCUUGCAGGACACUAUUGAGGAGUUAGCGUUGAGGAACAAAGCUGCCAAAGGAGAUGCGACUACAGAGUUCUCCACGUUUUUCCAAAAGAUCCGUAACUCCGGGGAGAGGCCCAGCAACGAGGAGAUUGUGCGGUUCUCCAAGCUGUUUGAAGAUGAGCUGACCCUGGACAACCUGACCAGGCCACAACUGGUUGCUCUGUGUAAACUCCUGGAACUUCAAUCGAUUGGGACGAAUAACUUCCUUCGGUUCCAGCUCACCAUGAAGCUGAGGUCCAUUAAGGCGGAUGACAAACUGAUUUCGGAUGAAGGAGUGGACACGUUGAAUGUGAAAGAGCUGCAGGCGGCAUGUCGCGCCAGGGGCAUGAGAGCGCUCGGUGUCACAGAGGAGCGGCUAAGAGAGCAGCUGAAACAGUGGCUGGAACUACAUUUAAAUCAGGAAAUCCCCACUUCAUUGCUGCUCUUAUCCAGAGCCUUGUAUCUCCCGGACACACUCUCGCCUGCUGAUCAGCUAAAGUCAACCCUGCAGACCUUACCAGAGAGCGUGGCUAAAGAGGCCCAGGUGAAAGUGGCUGCAGUGGAGGGGGGCAAGGUGGACAACAAAACCAAGCUGGAAGCCACACUCCAGGAGGAGGAAGCGAUUAAGAAGGAGAAGGAGAUGGACAGGCUGGCUGAGGUUGCCAAGGAGAGCUUACAGACUGCAGCUAAGGUGGAGGCACAGCCCGCUCCUGAGCUGGAACCAGUGUCUGUGGAUGUGAGUGCCGAAGCUAGGCCCGACGUGGCUCCGGUGAGCGUGUCUGAUCAAGCGGAGGUACUGAUAGACACUGCACCCGUCUUGGGGGGUAUUAAGGGUGAAGAAAUAACGAAGGAGGAAAUUGACAUUCUAAGUGAUGCCUGCACCAAGCUGAAAGAGCAGAAGAAACUGUUGACAAAGGAAAAGGAAGAGCUGUCCGAGCUGAAGGAUGAUGUCCAGGAGUACAGUGAGGAUCUGGAGGAAAUAAAGAAAGAGCUUUCAAAGUCUGGACAAGAGACUGUUGUGGAGGAAACCAAGGCAAGCAAGAGACUAACGAAGCGUGUGAACCGCAUGAUUGGUCAGAUCGACAAAAUCAUAACUGAGCUAGAGAACGAAGACCAGGUGUUGGAUGAACACACGGGAGGUGGCCUUGCCCCACCUGUUGGAUUGUAUUUCGCCUUUAGGGAAAAUCUGGUCAGCAUCAACGAACUCAUAAACAUCAUGAGACACAUUCAGAACAUCCCGGAGCAAAAGCUCUUGAGACUGGCUGAGGCCUUGGAUGAAAACCGGGACGGGAAGAUAGACCUUGACGAUGUGGCAAAGGUAGUGGAACUGAUCGACAAGGAGGACAUCGACAUCUCCACCAGCCAAGUGGCUGAGAUUAUGGAGCUUCUGCAGAAAGAAGACAAGCUGGUAGAGAAGGAGAAAGCAAAGGAAAAAGCAGAGAAGGAGCAAGCGGCCGAAGUGCAGAAUUAAGCCUGGAAGCCAGAUGACAUCAGAUCCACGUGUUCUUGCACAUCUUGUCAGUCAUUCAAGGCGCCACUACGUGGUUUCCAAUGGUUUUCAGGUGAUUUAAUUGCCAAGCGACAUUAAUAUGCACUGUUAUGGAGUGAAAUAAAGGCUUCCUCUAGUCAUUUACGAUCAUUCCAUCAGUAUCAGGCUUUUUAUUUUUUCCCUAAACGAGACUACUGCAAAUUGUAUUUUUAUUUUUUUCUAUUUGGUCACCCUAAAAAAAAUAAAAAAAAAUAAAAAUUGGAAAUCAUAAAUAGAGCGGCAAAAUGAUAUAAAAUCACAAAGCACAAUUAAAAAAUUUUGUAAUUUCUUUUAUUUAGUUAACGCAUCCCUCCAUUUUUGGUUUAGUGUUUAGGUGUAUAGCAGAGCCUUUGCGUCAUUUCACCGCUGGUUCUGUGAGCAUUUAAGAUUGAAACCUUUUAAGUAUUGCUCUUUUUUUUUUUUUUUGACGCUCUUGUGUUGUAUAUUGGCCUUUUUUUAUAUAUAUAAUAAAUCUAUCUCUCUAUAUAUUUGAAUUUUAAUUUAAAUUCAUGAGGCUGCCUUGCCGGCAGAGAGUCUAUUACUGUGGUUUAGUAUUUGCUUAUUUUUUUAUUUCUUUUAUGAUUUUUUUUUUUUUUUCGAGAAAUUGCCUUCAUUCAUAGAAUAUAAAAAUCCUGCUAUUUAUUCCGGGAACAAACCUGCGGUGCUUUUUUGAGUUCAGCGCCAGGAAUGUCUUUUUAUUUCCACGCAUUUUAUUACAGCAGUACUUUAUAAUCUCUCACUGGCUAGUAUAUUGCGUCCAGUCAUUUUAUACUAUUAGUAAAUCUUGUUUGGGUCUGGUGCGAAAUAAAGGGCCGGAUUCAUGUUUGUAAGUAAAGAAUAAAGCAAGCAAAACCAUGCUGCACUGCUGGUGGGGCAGAUGUAACGUGUGCAGAGAGAGUUAGAUGAGGGUGGGGCGUGUCCAAACUGAAAUCUAAAUUGCAGUGUAAAAAAAUAAAGCUGUCAAGUAUCUGUGGGCUACAUGCAAAAGCAGACAGUAUUCAUCCUGCACAGAAAAAAUAUAACGCAUCCAAAUCUAAUUUAGUUUUGCACAGUUGCUUGUUUUUUUUGCUUUACUUACAAACAUGAAUCAGACCCAAUGUUCCCAAUACCUUCAGGCGUCUGACAGGUAUUUAGGUAGAUAAUUAAACUAGAACAGUUUAUUUGGCUUGCUUUAAGUCUGUACAGAGUGUAACUGCUGCUUUCAUAAGAAAUGAGAACAAUGUCUGUAAAACAUAUCCUUCUGAAUGUACACUUCCUUUCAUAGGGAUUGCAAUGUAUUUACUUAUUUUAAAGAACUUCCUUAAACCAAUGGUGUUCAUGAGAAAUAUUCAGUUGUAUUAGAGUAGGGUCAUGCUACACUUAGGGGACCACUAAUCCGGAAAUACAUUUGUUUCUAAAAGCGCAACUUUUUUUUCUUCACAUUACUGUUUUUGUUGUGGUUUUUGUGUUUUAUAAUGAAACUUGAAUUAGCGGUUUGCUUUAAUGUGUAGCAAAACUUCUAAGCUCCCAUACAGGGAGCCUUGCCUUCUUUUUUUAAAGCUAUCUGAAUGUAGAUUGCCAAAAGCGACCGUCAGGAUCAGAAGAUGAAAUUAAAAUUUGCUUUAGUGUCAAUGCUACUCUCAUUACUAAUACCUUUUUAAAAUCGUUUGAUGUAUGAUGCAGACAAAAUCUCCUUAUGGUUCGAAAAGUGUCUUUAGGCCGAAGACCUUUUGAGCUUUUCCUAUAUUGCCUAAUAUUAUACGUAAACCAGAGGUUCCCAAACUGUGUGCCGUGGCUCCCUGGGGUGCCUUUGGGACACUUGCAGGGGUGCCCUGGGUUGGUGGUCCAGGACCAAUUCAAAUUAUUCAUGGUCAAUAUAAUAGGCAAAACCAGUGCUGGUGGCUGCCAGUCAUAAAAUGUGGCCAAACAGAAACAAAUCUUGUCCCUCACCACACAACUGAUCCUAAGGAUGACCUAUAAACGCAAUGUACUUAAUGUAAUAUUUCUUUCUAAAUUUCUCAAUAGGAAAUUUUUGGCCUAGGGGUCCCGUGAAAAAAAAUUCUGAUAUUCUAGGGCGCCGUGAUUCAAAAAAAGUUUGGAAACCACUGGCGCAAACUCUAUUAUAAGGAGCCGUUAAUAGGAAACUAAUCUCUGCAGUGACCUCUAGCUGUGGGGAUGGGGAUUACACCUCAUGAUCGGAGAAGGACACUGCCUUGCUUUUUUAAUGAAUUAUUGGCCCCUAAUCUGCCGAUGUGUAUCAUCUGGGCCUUUACUGCAGCGUCUAUAUUGGAAGACUGACCUGAAUGUAACCCCUGCACAGAACAGCGCAUUAUACAGUACAAUUACAUCAUUAGCGAUGGAAGUUCUAUAAAAUAACUGGGUUUUUGUUUAAAAUUAAAAAAAUUAUAUUUUUUUUGUGUGAAAAAUUUAAAUUUGUUACAUGUGUUUUUUUGGGGUUUUUUUGCAAUUGAUUUAUGGUUUUGUUUUUUUCUUAAUCUGUUGGCCAGUGCACUUAUCAUGGAGCUGAAUGCUCUCAUCAAAGUAAUGUAACUCAUGCUUGUGUGUCUGUAUAGAGGAUGUUGGUCUGUACUUGGUUUUACAUUCUGGUUUAUCUGAUUAUUGUAUUCAUACUUGCGGUGCCUUUUGCGCCAUGUCCUCAGAUGCCUAAAGUAGAUCUCAUAAGAUAAGGCUAUACCUGUGCUGUGCGCCCACAUCCUAGAUACCAAAGACUGGUUGUCAGUAAGUAAUUUUACUGACAUGCUAAUUUCAUUAGAACCCUGAUCUCCAUUGUUUUUUUUUUUUUUUUUCUUGGCAAGUUUAAUCUGCAUUUUAGUAUAUUAAUACAUACCUCCCAACAUGACCCUCUCCAGGAGGGACACGAUGCUCUGCUCCUGGACUUUUCUCUUAAUGUAUGAUUGCCAUCACCUGUGCUGAAACACCUUUCUUAUCCAUUAACCUGUUCAAAACAGGUGAUGGCAAUCAUAAAUUAAGAGAGAAGUCCAGAAGUAGAGCAUUGUGUCCCUCCUGGAGACGGUCAUGUUGGGAGGUAUAUUAAUAAGACUUUCACCUCAAUCAUUUGAUUAGUAGUUUAGCUGAUUUAAUGUAGUUUUCAUUAAAUUUUCCAUAUUAACUGGAAACGGAGUACGUUGUGUAUAAUACAAUAAUUCCGUGAGCACGGAACUGUAAGAUACAUGCUUAUAUCCUGUAUAUUUCAUAGGUAGGCUAGAACAGGGAGUGAUGUCUAAACUGGAGAAAUAUUACAAUUAAAAGUACAAAAUAAGAUAUAAAUGCAACAAACGCCACAACCCUGUCCUAAAGGCGGUCCUGCUUGGGACACCUGAGUUAAGGCUUUGUGUUUAUCUAGAACUUCUUUUCUGUAGUCAAGUGAUGGAAAUGAAGAAUAGAAUGUUCUCAUCAAUGACUGCACAGCUCACAAUAGCUUUAGCAGAUCUGCACGGUCCCUGGGAGACGGGCGUGAAUCACUCCCUGAUUAUAGAUGAUCAGUAAACCACAGAAUGGAACCUCCGCACUCCAGAAAUAACACUCAAUAACUUGACGCAACUUUUUUUUUCUUUCUAAAUCCAAUUUAAAUUAUGAAUAUCAGAAAUGUUGUGGAUUUAAUUUAAAUAAAUUUGUUUUGCUUUUUUUCAUCCA